CGGGAACUAAGUCACCUUGUUUACCACUAUACACCCAGUGUUUAUGUUAAGUGUUCUCACAUGGAACAUACUUCAUACGCUGAGAUUCUGGCCUCAAACAGCCACCAAUUCCUUGCUCAUUAAAAAUAUGAGAUCUUAACAACUAACAGGCCACAUGGAGAAAGCCCAGGAGAUAAGAGGAAAUAAAAUGACCAGAUCUGCAGAGCAGGUUCUGGCUCAACUAAACCAUCAAGCUUUCUACUUUGGAAGAAGUAGAAAACAACCCAUCAACCAAUGUAUAGUACCCUGAUCACCAAGAAUGUGGGUCAAUAAACAUCUUGGAUUUUCACUUUUAAGUCAGUAGCUCCUUUUCACUGGGGAAAAAGAGAAGGGGAAAAGGUGGUCAAAUUUCUCCCUUAAGUAUCUAUUAUUCUGCAUACAAUUUAAAGGCGUGCAAAAAACACAAAACCCCCACAAAUCUUCUGAAGGCUGUUCAUGGUCCACAAGGCCAAUAAACUCAAGUUAAGAAUCUCUGGUUUAUGGAUCUAUUGUACAAAUCUUGAGACCUCUAAUCUUUAUCAUCAUAUUUAGCUCCUGAUAGAUCUGAUCCCCAUCCUUCUCUCUGCAAAAAGGCAACACACGGCAAUAAAGGUGUCAGUAGUCAACGGUUGAAACCAAUCUUUACAGUAACGCCUGUGCUAUGCUUUCAAACUUGGGAAACUCUGGCACUUCUCUGUGACUGGGAUAUUCUAGCCUCUCAAUUUACACCUGUUUUAUACCAUAUUAGCUUUUCAGGAUCCCCUCCUGAAACAUUCUCUAAUCCCACCAAGAAUGUGGAAACGUGCUAACUUGGUGGCCGCAGCUCCUAGCUGACUGCUUUGGCUUCGUGGUCGCUGGAUUUCCUGCACAGGGCUUCAGGUGCCUGGAAGGGCUUGGGUGAAGAUGUCUUUCAUAAUGACUACUAUUGAUCUGAAAGACAUCCAACUGAGAAGACUUUCAAACCUAGCUCAAUCCACGUGGCUACUCCUCACUCCAUUUUACCAAAGGCUUUCAGUUUCAUCUUAUUGACCUCCCCAAAGGAACUAAGUGGACAACCUGAGAAAAAUUGAAGUUCAAUGACGUCACACAAAAGCCAAGGUCUUUGACAUGACCUCGAAUCUGCUGAACCAAAUAGCACUAGCUUAAUGGUCCCAGUUGCCUCAGGGAAAAAACGGCAACCUUCUAAGGCCCCAAGACAGGUGAUCAUCUGAGCUCCAAAGCCGAGAACGGAGAGAACACCUUCCCUAUCCAGUAAAGUUACAGGGAAGGCCGAGCCUGGCGCUGUAGAAAUAACUUCCGCCUAGAAAAAAGUGUCGUCACAGAGGCGAGCUUCCGGUUCCACUCUGUCCCGUGGACCGAGACCUUUUAUUCCAGUUGGCAGUCGUCCACACCGCAAGGCUACCCCACCCAGCUGCUCCCUCGGGUUUCUCCACACCCUGCGGAGCCGUUCGCACGUCUCGGGGGUGUGACGGUUACGUGGCGACGUCACUUGGGAGAACGCUGCAAAGCGAGUAGCGUACCCGUGAUCUUGCGGGACCGGAGCCUUGUCGCGGAAGAGCGCGCCGAGCGCGUGGAGGCGGAACUAAUUUAUGACUGACGUCCACAUCCACUUACUGCCGUUCUGAUUCCUUCUCAAAUAAGCCAAUGAAUGCGACGACGGAGACGGCAACGUGCCCUCGCCGCCAGAAGUGGCUCCGCCCCCUCCACUAGGGAGUGGAGCAACGGCUGUGGUCCAAGCAGCAUAUUGUGCCCCUAAAAAGGAGAAGGUGGCAAUCAAACGGAUAAACCUUGAGAAAUGUCAGACUAGCAUGGAUGAACUCCUGAAAGAAAUUCAAGCCAUGAGUCAGUGCCAUCAUCCUAAUAUUGUGUCUUACUACACAUCUUUUGUGGUAAAAGAUGAGCUGUGGCUAGUCAUGAAGCUGUUAAGUGGAGGUUCUGUUCUAGAUAUUAUUAAGCACAUUGUGGCAAAGGGGGAACAUAAAAGUGGAGUCCUGGAUGAAGCUACCAUUGCUACAAUACUCAAAGAAGUGCUGGAGGGUUUGGAAUACCUGCAUAAAAAUGGACAAAUUCACAGAGAUGUGAAAGCUGGCAAUAUUCUUCUUGGAGAAGAUGGCUCGGUACAGAUUGCAGACUUUGGAGUUAGUGCUUUUUUAGCAACUGGUGGUGACAUUACUCGAAAUAAAGUGAGAAAAACCUUUGUUGGAACCCCUUGCUGGAUGGCGCCUGAAGUUAUGGAACAGGUUCGUGGUUAUGAUUUCAAAGCUGACAUCUGGAGUUUUGGGAUCACAGCCAUUGAACUGGCCACGGGGGCAGCUCCUUAUCAUAAGUAUCCGCCAAUGAAGGUUUUAAUGCUGACACUGCAAAAUGAUCCUCCUUCUUUGGAAACUGGUGUUCAAGAUAAAGAAAUGCUGAAAAAAUACGGAAAAUCAUUUAGAAAAAUGAUUUCAUUGUGCCUUCAAAAAGAUCCAGAAAAAAGACCAACAGCAGCAGAACUGUUAAGGCACAAGUUUUUCCAAAAAGCCAAGAAUAAAGAAUUUCUUCAAGAAAAAAUAUUGCAGAGAGCACCAACCAUUUCUGAAAGAGCUAGAAAGGUUCGGAGAGUACCAGGUUCCAGUGGCCGUCUUCAUAAGACAGAAGAUGGUGGCUGGGAGUGGAGUGAUGAUGAGUUUGAUGAAGAAAGUGAGGAAGGAAAAGCAGCAAUUUCACAACUCAGGUCUCCCAGAGUGAAAGAAUCAUUAACAAAUUCUGAGCUGUUUUCCACAACUGAUCCUGUGGGUACUUUACUCCAAGUUCCAGAACAGAUUUCUGCUCAUCUACCUCAGCCAGCAGGGCCGACGGCUGCGCAGCCCACUCAAGUCUCGCUGCCACCCACUGCGGAGCCAGCGAUAGCAGCCCAGGCUCUGUCUUCAGGAGCAGGUUCACAAGAAACCAAGGUCCCAAUCAGUCUAGUACUAAGAUUACGGAAUUCAAAAAAGGAACUAAAUGAUAUUCGAUUUGAGUUUACUCCUGGGAGAGACACAGCGGAGGGUGUCUCUCAGGAACUCAUUUCUGCCGGCCUCGUCGAUGGAAGGGAUUUAGUCAUAGUGGCAGCUAAUUUGCAGAAGAUUGUGGAAGAACCCCAGUCAAAUCGAUCUGUCACCUUCAAACUGGCAUCUGGUGUCGAAGGCUCAGAUAUUCCUGAUGAUGGUAAACUAAUAGGAUUUGCCCAGCUCAGCAUCAGCUAAAACAGAGCCCUGGAAGAGGCAGCUGAAGGAGAUUCCACACAUGCGUGUCUCUGUUGCUUCUGUUGGCCUAAACCCACUACUGCCAAAGAACCCAGCAACAAACCUCCCAGCUAGGAGCUUUAGAGGUCUUUCUUUUAUGUUUUUCCUGCCAUCAUCCCUGCUUUUUCCCACAGGGAAAGAAAAGUUGGAUCACCAGUGGCCAGCAUCCCUUUUAAAGAGUUCCGUUAGUAAACUUACUGCACGCAUCCCCUGUCUUCCUCCAUCUGAGAAGUGGCCCGGGUGCCUCAAGGCCCAGGAGGGAGGUCUAUCAGCUCAUCUUGCCUUACUCCAGUGAUGGCGCUGGGUGGAAAGUAGCAGCUCUAUUGGGCUUCCUCAUCCUGCUUCUUCUCCCACACCAGACGGGAUGUGGGCAUCUUGGGAUAUCUCUUUACCACUGAAGUAGCAAUUAAAAGUUGAUUGUUCAGCUGGAGCCCAGAGAAUUUAGUUUAGUGAUUUUUUUUUUUUUUUGUAUCUGAUAUGAAUUCUAGCAACCUUCGUUAGGAAAAAGCACAGCCUCAGAAGGAGGCAACCUAAACUGUGUUCUUGUUUUGUUGAUGAUGUUUCUAAGCGUUUUGCUGAAGCUGCUCUCAGGCACCCCUCUUCAUUACUUGCUCCAGAAAGGGUUGCUCGCCUUAACUUCAGCUGGUGCAAAACAUCUGACUGUAAUCGAACUUCAGCCAUCGGACCCUUCAAAGCGGAACUUUGGACUGUUUUUAGGGAAGAAAAUCACAUAACGGCUAAUAAACGAGAGUUACCCCAGCAGUGGUGUUUUGAACAGGAAAAAAUCAUAACUCAUAUCAGUGUGGAAGUAUUUAUUUCAGAUCUUAAACAACUGAAGAAAACUACUCCUUGAUCCUCCCGUGAAAAUCAGUUUGCCUGGCCUCCGAGUCAUGAGGAAAUGCAAGGCUGAGAUCUCUACAGCAAUAAAGGAGAGUCGCCCUAGGCCCCAGAGGCCUGCCUUCUGCCCCCUCUCCUGCACUGGCCCUUAGGAGGGGUCCACACUUCCGUGUGCUGAACCUGACCCAAGAUGGAACGUGAAACCACAUGUGCCGUGACUUUUAGGAUUUAUGAGUAGACAGUGUUUGUUUGAUUUUCUACAGAAAUAAUAUAAAUUAUUCUUUAGGUUUAAAAAAGAGCACUCAUAAUGCAAUAUGUGAAUCACCAGUGGGGUUGAUUUUUUUUUUUUUCCUACUGUUUCACAGUCAGCCUUUAUCUAACUGCAGAUUAGCCCUAACAAGUUUUACAAAUGAAAGAGAUCCUCAAUCUGGCCUUAAAACAACACAAAAAGAUGGGCUUUGGCCCCAGUGAAAGGGGAGAGCUGCCUCUUACAGAAUCAGUUGAUCCCUUUCCAUCUUUGUUGGUCUGUGAAUAACAAGAUUGCUUUACCUAGUUUUUUCUUGGAGCACCUCUGAAAGCUUUCCCCACAACUGACUUGUUACAGUUUUAAUUUCAUUCUGAGCUCAUAGUUUUAAUCUUGGGCUUUCUUCACCGGCCCUGGAUACAGAGGCAUGUUGGGAAAGGGGUGGGUGUUGGAGAGGAAGGGAGGGAAUGGUUUGGUAUGAGAGGGUUGGGAGGAAAAUAGAUCAGAGGAUCAGAUGCCAGAGUCCUGGCAGGAUUGGUCAAAGGAGGGAGCCUGUUGAGCCUGGAGACAGGAGAUUGAUCAGCUUGAUGGACAGAUAUUUAGCUUUUCUUUUUUCUUUUCUUAGAAGAGAGUUGAGGGGGAAAGGACAGGAAGGUAGGAAUAAGUUUAUGGAAAAGAUGUAGUGUCCCCUUUGGCACAAGACUAGGGGCUUAACCUUAGAGUCUGUAUUUUUGUUUCAAGUAAGCCCUUCAUAGUCUGCUUAUUUCUGAAUCCAGAGGGUAGUGGCAUCACUCUGUUCUAGCUUUUUUUGGAGGUGAUCAAAAGCCCAGGCUGGAAGUAAGCAGCAGCCCAUCUCCUUGUUGAGUUUCUCCUGCUGGCCAUUACCUGUGAGCUGCAGUGGGACAGGCAUGACCUUUGAACUGAAGUGGGCUGGGGCUUUCUCUUUCUUUUCCAUCCAUCUUUUGCCCUGCUGGGAAUUAGGAGCCAGACACCAAGCCCCAGGACAGUGUUACUUCUUCUUUUGCAUGAUGUAUGGUGGACUCCCUUUGCUGGUAUGUGCAGUGAUGCUGAAAAAAAAUGAGUGAACAGAAACUUCGCAGGUGAGACAGCACGUGACCUAGUGAGCAAUCUCGCUCCUUCCUGGGAGUGGUGGUCCAGGAUACACCUCUCUCCCUAGACCCCUAGGAUCUCCUGGGUCCUGGGGUAGGGACUAACUUAGCACAAGGUAACAUGUGCCAAUGCUAUUUGUAAAAUGUAUGGUCUUUCUAAAUGAUUCAUGGAUUUGUUUGGGAUUUUUUGCUUAAGUUGUGAACCAAAUCCUAGAGCCAGCUGACACUCUUAAUAAUCUGGAGGACAGAAUAAUGGUAUAUCAAUAAAUGGCGGUUCCUCCUUAUGACAUAUGCUAGAUUAUGGAAGAUGUAAAAUAUUUGACUUCCCCUCCCCCCCCCUUUUUUUUGACUUUGUACUUUGCUGCAUGUUUCAUUCAUUUUUAAUCAAUAAAGAAUAAAUUGUC